AUGGCGACAGCCGCGCAGUCUGACGCAUCAAAAAUCGUUGUAUACGACCCGGAGAACGUGUUCAAGAAGAUUAUUGAGGGCACAAUUCCCUGCCACAAGAUUUUCGAGACAGAACACGUCAUUGCCAUUCUGGACGCCUUCCCUGCAGUGGAUGGCCACUCCCUGCUCAUACCGAAGGCCAAUGUUGCCUCCGUCUUCGAUCUCGACCCAGAGACGGCUGCCAACAUGUACAAAGAGCUGCCCAGGCUCUGCAGGGCCGUUCAGGAGGCCACAGGCUGCGAAGGCGUGAACGUGCUGCAGAACAACGGACGCGCUGCAGGUCAGGUUGUCUUCCAUGCUCACGUGCACGUAGUCCCACGGUACUCUGGCGACCAUCUGUUCAAGCAGUUCGCCAGCUCGAAGGAGAUGAUUGAUGCGGCGAAGGCUAGGGAGGUUCUUGAGAAAAUCAAGUCGCACCUGUAA